AUGUAUACUGACGACAAUUAUACAGAUAAAGAAAGUGAAGGUGAAGACAGAAGUCCCUACAAUUGCUCAAGUAUCACAAAAAAGUCGUUGUCCACUGUCGGAUUUAGAAAUAACAUUGAAAAUCAAAAUGUGAGAUCUUUGGCGAUUCGUGCGACGCAAUCUUUCACUGGAGGAGUUGAAGAGUUAAGAUUGUGUGGGAAUUUUCAGAAAAUAAAUUUAUGUAACAGGAUAAAUGUGUCGAGUCCUAAGGUAACUACAGUAUGCCCAUGUGGAUGUUUAUUAAGACCUGCUACCACAGGCCCUUUUCGAACUCGAGAACAGAAUACACUAGCACUGCAUGUAGUGUCACCUGAAGUUCUUAAUUAUCAUGGAUAUUGCUAUGAUCCCAGUCAAAUAGCUAUGUUUUGGAAAAAAGACUGUAGAAUGUUCCUAUGGAAAGGAAAUGCUAAAAUGAAAAAUAUAAUCGUUGCAGACUCUCAAAAAAAUAAUUCAGCAUUUUGA